ACUUCCGCUGUGCUUUUAUUUCGAAAGAGCCUAACCGGCAAUGACGUUAACGGAAGCCCAUCGUGACGCGGGAAGUGGAAGGUUUACGUUUAUGUAGCUGAAAUUGACAUGUGAUUUAAAAUGGACAAACCGGAUAAAGCAGCCGGCGACAGAAAGCGUCCACCACCAGUGAAGGUACUCGCCGGCCAGUUGAGAACAGCAACGGAGGGCCUAGGGAGCCCCGGCGAGCCGAGCGGAGGCGGCUGGGUCGUCAGGCUGACACGGGCUCGUUUUCUGUCGGUGUCGCUGGUGUGGAUGCAGGGCACGGUGCUGGAAGUCCAGCUGGAGCUCGACAGCGUGCUGCUCAUGGACGAGACGGGCACGUUCGCCGUUCAAGGCGUUAAUAGCAUCCCCAAAGGGAAGCCAUGUUUGUCCUCAGGUAAAUAUGUGAUGGUGAUGGGUGCCGUCCAGGCCGUCUCCCCAGAGCCCGUCAUCCGCGCCGUGAAGAUGGCCGAUCUCUCCGAGCAGGCUGACCUUCACAGGAAGAUGUGGAAGCUGGAAGUGGAGGACCUGCAGCAGGUGUUGGUGCCGUGACAAUAGCGCUCGUCUCAUUAGGGUCACGUUUGAGCUGGAUGGAACCUAUCUAAGCUGACUUUGGGUAGGGUAUACACCUUGGACUGGUUGCCAGUUAAUCACAGGACACAUACAAACGUUCACACCUGAGGACAAUUUAGCCUCCAGUUAUCCAAAACUGCUUGUUUUGGUGAUGUGGGAGGAAGUAACUGGAGACCAGCAUGGGGAGAACAUGCAAAUUCCGCAGAGAUGUUCUAAUGAAGAUGACAACCUACAUCUCCGACUGUAUGUGUAUGUGACUGUAUACUAUGCAGACCUACAUGCAUUCUACAGUGCUUUUUUUUUUUCGGUUGUUAAGGAAAAAACACAAACAUACCUUUUUUAUAUGUACUCAAAAAAAACUUUAUUUGGUGUGGUGCUGGUUAUACUGGUAAUAUGAGACAGUUGUUACGUGAUGUUGAUGGAUUAAAACAAAAUGUCAAAUAAGCUUUCUCUGUCCGCGUGUAAUUAGUAAAAAGGUCAAACAUAAAAGUCAUCAACAUAUGAAAAGAAACUGAAGGUGAACUGAGUGGAACGCGUCUGGUCGGGGCUCUGGUUCCAUCGCCCAUUUCAGAUGUCCUACCGAGC